AUGACUGAAGAAGAGGCUGCUCGAACAGAAGAAAAUGGUUUCGAAGAACCAAAAGACGCGGAAGAGGUUCCACCUGUUUUGACCGAAGAGGAAAUACGAGAGCAUGGGCGAAAGGUGGCGAUGGCCCUUGCAGUGCCCAGCACGAAGGGCCAUUCGCAGGCGAUAGCCGGCUUGAUACGAGUGCUGGACCGCUCAAAUGAAGGCCUCGAUGAACCGUACAUCAAGGGUUUUGUGGGAUUAGCAGUGGCAGGGGCCCGACGAUUUCACUCGCGGCGGACGCUUCAUGCUCUUGAGCGUCUAAUGGCAAGGUUAUUUCGACUCAACAAUGAGGCAACGAUACGACGAUUGUCACACACCGUUGUGGCAACCUAUCCGGACUUGGCAAACAUAACACGGUCGAUUGGGGCAGAAUCAGUGGGACCUGCGAAAUGGUUAUUCAGUGGCGCUACUGAGAAUUUAACUGAUCCAGAUUUCAAGUUAUUGGUGCAAGGACUUGCAAGUCUAUCGUAUUACGCUUCUUCAUCAAACACGGGCGCUCGAUAUUUCAAAAAGCAACUCCAGAAGUGGCUAAACGAAACGAAUUACAAGCGAAUGAUGACGACAAUCACUGAACUAUCCACCGAGCCUGCAUUUGCCUUGAGGAUACUGACGUUUAUUGGAUUCGUUGAUCAGAUGACCGAUAAGAACGGUCUUGUUCCAGUCUUGAUCGAUUUAUUUAACAAACAUGUUCUGCUGACAAAAGUGGCAGUUCCUGGCUUUUUGUUGGAUGGACUCCAAAAAUCGUAUCAAAAAAUCUCAGCAAAGGACUUUGAAGAACAACUUCUGCCUCAAAUCAAGAAGAGUGCUCUACGCAGCCCGGAAGUCGCAAUUUAUGGAAUUGGAUCGCUUUUGAAGAAUGUUACUUUUGGCUUGGAUGCAUUCGCCAAAGAUCUGCUUAACUCUAUUCAAGGUUCACUCGCAAGUUUGCCGUACACUACUAAUGUGCUCGCCUACAUCGGAAACGCUUGCGCACAACCGGCAAACCUUGGUCUUGUGGCUGAGCAGCUACUCAAUCAAGCUUCAGGUGCAAAGAAUCCAGAACUUCGCAUACAACUAUUAAAUGGUCUUUCAUUGUGCACAACAGCAAAAGUUGAACGAGGCUCAUUUGACGCUUUGGCCGUUGAUGUCAUUGCAAAGAUUCUGAAAAUUGCGGAUACAAACGAGGAAGUUGUACGACGACAGUGGCAAUGUGUAAACAAAUGGACUUCAUUGCUAAAUCAAGACUCAAAAGGAUUUGAACAAAUUCUCAAGGAAUCUACUAAGUUGCCAGCUCCUCUCAGGCACAUUGCGUUUGCAUCAAUUUCCGAGCUUCUGGAGCAAUAUGAUUCAGUUGUUAUCAAAAAUUCUGUCGAAGCUACGCUCAAAAAGGAUAUCGAUACUUGUCAUAAAGAGCCCCUUGAUGCGAUUGCUUUAAUAUCGUUACUAUUGAAAGUGGACCCAAAGAAAACCAAAGAUGAAUCUUUGCUCAAAAAGUUGCCGACCUGGGAUAAUCUAUACAAACCAAAAGUACUGUCAGCAAUCGACCCUAUGUUUGCUGCACAAUGGGUGAAAGUUGCAGGCAAAGUGGUGAAUAGCGAUGCAUUUAUGGUCGCUAAUUUUGGUUUGCGCUCACUUGUGGUUUUGUUGCUUUGGCCCGAUGCAGGAGUGCGGAGAGUUGCCAAAGAAACGAUCACACAAAUAUUCGGCGAUGAUGGAACGGAGUUGGCCAGUAAGCUGGCAGAACAAGCCUACGCGGAGAUAAUCUGUGGAUCGGCGGAUGAACUUUUGCGCAAAGUGCCUCAUUCACGCCCGUGUGCCGAUAAUUGGUCGAUUCCUGGAGAAUGGAUGGUUGCACUUCUUGAGUUGUUGCUGACGUCUAAAGGAGAUAGCGCAUCUCUCGCUGUUCACACGCUUCUCUUGGGUUCUCUGCCACGAUUGCUUGAGGUCGAUGGUUCUGUAUGGCUUCGUUGGAUUCAUUCGCAGCAACAAAAGUCUGAAUGGAUGCGAAGCGAUGCUUUCAAAGACGAAAUUGUGACUAAAGUGCUAAAAUGUGUGAACCGAAAAGUCCGGGAUAACUCGUUGAAUAUUCUGGUCUCAUCGGGAAUGAAUGAAGUAAGAGACGAAUUGUGGAAGAAUAUAGAACAGGACCUUAUGAGAGUUGAACCAGAAGCAUAUGUCAAACAGAUUAGCGAAAGAGAUGUGGCAAUUUAUCGAACACCAGAGGGCCAAUUGUACAACACUGAAGUCCUCGAAAUCGAUGAAGGUGCAGCUGGCAAGAAUGUGAAAAGAGAGAACAAGGCAUACUCAUUUGCCGAUCAACAAGCUGAGAUGGAGAUUCGACGAGAAUUGGCAGAGAAAAUGCGCAAAGAAGGAAAAUUGACGCCAAAACAGAAAGCAGCCCUCGAAAAGGAGUUGGCUAAAGAAAAGGAGGUUCGAGAUCGAGUCAAGCAUUUUUACUGUGCUGCCGAGUUAUCAUUGGAUGAAGCACGAGCCAUGGUGCUUGCUGAUCAUCAGGGUGCUUUCAAAAAAGCUUAUUUGCUCUUCGAACGAGGUCUUCCGUUGACAAAAUCCUACUUGACAGCUCAAGACGCAGCAAAGUUGUUUUUCGCUUUCCGAGAUGUUGCUUUGUCACGGACGGAUGAUGCUUUGAUGGAGAAAGUUGGAUAUUGGACGCUUCGACUCGCCGAAUCAAAAUGGCUACCACCGAAUGUCUUUGGAGAAGGUGUCGAGGAAGUGUUGAGGAAACUACUCGCUUUGCUUCAAGAAAGAGCUUUUGUGAUGGAUGCUGGUGAUGAGGAUGAGGAUGACUAUCUGCUCUACGAAGACAUGAUUUCAUCAUCGGAAAUUCUCCUCUACUUCCCAUUACUUAAAGGAAUCAUCGAAGGAUCAGCGUAUUCUGAAAUCCUCAAGGGUGCCGCUCUCGAGUUGGUUAAAUCGGCAAUCAACAAGAAGUUUUUACGAGAUGAUUCUGUCUUGAAUAUUCCAAUCAUUGAUUAUGGAGAAUUGUUGAUCAACUUUUUGUCAAAGAACGAAAUCGAGUCUCUGGGAGAAACGGCAACACAAGCUUUGACCAACUUGGUCCUGCUGAUCAACGAGACGGGAGAUACGGGCAAUGAAGUGAUUCGGUUUAUUAUGAGAGUUCUGACGAUUCUUGGAGAGGAAGCCAAGCCCGAAUUGAGACAUUCAGCUCUUCAAAUUUUGUCGGCCAAUCAACUCAUCACUCGUUUGAUCACUUCGAGCAAGGAUACCAGCUUUAUCACAUUCUGCCAAUCUCGCUUGUUCAUCGCUCAAUUUGAUGAGGUUGAAAAUGUUGCUGUAACAUCACGAGAAUUGUGGGAAGCUUCUAUGCUUCAUCCAACACUGGACAUGAUCGAAUUUAUGAUAGUUGAAUGCACGUCUUUUCACGUCUUUGCCCGUGAUGCGUCAGGACGUGCUCUUGUUGCUCUUCUUGGCCAUUUCCCGGAUCAAAUUAACUCUUCAAUCACCAAGCUUCAGAAACUAUACCAACAGCUUCGCGAAGCCAGUGGGGCUAAGUUCGACGAAAUGGGCAGAAUGCAGAGAGAUGUGGUCGAUCAAUGGGAGAAAAGACUUGGGAUCAGUCGUGGUUUGGAACUCAUUUCGAAUUUGAUCGAUGAAAGCGAAAGCGAACAACUGAUCUAUGUCGUUGUGCCAGAAGGUUUAUCUGAUCCCUCAGCACAAUGUCGGCAAGCCAUGCAAAAUGCCGCCAUCAACUCGAUCAGUCGUCACGGUAGAGCGAUACUCACAAAUCUACUUCCUUUCUUAGAGGACCAUUUGAAUAAAUUGCAAAACGCGGAGACUCACGAUAAUUUGCGUCAGGGGCUUGUUGUUCUUCUUGGAACAUUGGCUCAACACAUCGACCCAAAGAGUCCUAAAGUUCGGCACAUUAUCUCAAAGUUGAUGGAUACCUUGUCAACACCCUCACAAACGGUUCAAGAAUCAGUCUCAAGAUGUCUGGCCCCAUUGGUUCCGGCUAUCGCGGAAACGGCGAAAGAUUUGGUGGGACAAAUGCAAUCGGUGCUCUUCGAAGGAAACACCUAUGGCGAAAGAAGAGGAGCUGCUUUUGGCAUUGCUGGACUUGUGAAAGGAAUGGGUAUGAUAGGACUCAAGGAUUUGGAUCUCAUUCCUACAGUGAUGAAGUAUUUGAACGACAAGAAAGAGGAUAAACAUCGGGAAGGAGGAUUAUUGGCGUUGGAGAUCUUAUGCAGCACAAUCGGACGUUUGUUUGAACCGUAUAUGAUCAAAGCAUUGCCGUUGCUUUUAAUUAAUUUUGGUGAUGCCAAUUCUAAUGUUCGACAGUCUGCUGAAGAUACCGCCAGAUCGAUGAUGAGUGCUUUGACUAAAUAUGGUAUAAAGUUGGUGCUCCCGGCCCUUUUGAUUGCGCUUGAUGAUGAUGCCUGGAGGACGAAAUGCGCUGCCGCUGAACUACUCGGCUCAAUGUCUCACUUGUCACCCGAUGAACUUUCUUCAUGUCUUCCAUCAAUUGUUCCAAAGCUUAUCGAAGUUGUAACAGAUUCACAUGCAAAGGUGCGAGCUUCGGGCGAAAAAGCUUUGCGUGAAAUUGCGAAAGUUGUUCGAAAUCCCGAAAUUCUUGGGGUCGUUAAUAAAAUCAUGCUGGGACUGAUUGAUCCUGCAACAAAGACGAGCAUGUCACUUCAAACGAUUCUUAACACGAAGUUUAUUCACUACAUCGAUGCUCCAUCACUCGCUCUCAUCAUGCCCAUCAUUCAACGAGCAUUCGAAGAUCGCAAUUCGGAGACUAGACGUUUUGCCGUACAAAUCAUCUCUAACAUCUACUCGCUGACAGAUCACAAAGACAUGGAACCAUAUUUGUGGAAACUUGUACCUGGACUUCAAAAGAGUUUGAUGGAUCCCGUUCCCGAUAUUCGUGCUGUUGCAGCUAAGGCUCUUGGUGCCAUCAUCUGCAAAUCGGAAGGAGCCACAAGUCAACGCCUUCGUGAUGAAAUUAUCCCAUGGCUUAAGGACAAAUUGAUCUCUGAGCAAUCCACCGUCGAUCGAUCGGGAGCGGCACAAGGUCUUGCAGAGGUUUUGGCGGGAGUCGGACAGGAGCAACUUGAUUAUGUGAUGCCCGAAAUUAUUGCCGCUACAGAGAGUGUCGAGGUGUCUGCUGAAACGAGAGACGGCUACAUUCUAAUGUACAUCUACUUGCCAAUGGUCUUUGGUGAUCGAUUCAUCCCAUACCUCCCACAAGUUGUUCCUCCAAUUUUGCGAGCUCUUGCGGAUGAAAAUGAAUACGUCCGUGCUUCAGCGUUGAAGGCAGGUCAACGUCUUAUUGCUCAAUAUUGCUCGCACGCCCGGCGCCUCCUCUUGCCACAACUUCAACAAGCCUUAUUUGAUGAGAACUGGAGAAUCCGACAUGCAUCUGUUCAACUCAUUGGAGAUUUCUUGUUCAACAUAUCAGGAGUAUCUGGAAAGUCGACCUCGGACACUGCGAAUGACGACGACACGAUGGGAAUGGAACAGGCGAGCAAGCAAAUCGUUCGUGCAUUGGGACAAAAAUCUCGAGAUGAAGUGUUAUCCGGCCUAUACUUGGCUAGAGCUGACGUGGCUCUUGUGGUGAGAAAUGCGGCUAGCCAUGUGUGGAAGAUGAUUGUGUCAAAUACACCAAGAACUGUGAAGGAGAUCAUGAAGACGUUGUUCGAGAACGUUGUCGACUGUCUUGCUUCUAACGUAGAGGAACGACAACAAAUGGGUGCACGCUGCCUCGGAGAACUCGUGAGAAAAAUGGGAGAAAAAAUCCUCAAUGAGGUUUUGCCAAUUCUUGAGCUCAAUCUUGCUUCUGAUGAUGUGUCGAAACGUGUUGGUGUGGCGAUUGCCCUCCAUGAGAUCAUCAACAAUGUCACGAGGGACGUGCUACAACACUAUUUGGAUCAAGUUGUUGGUCCUAUAAAGAAGGCUUUGAUCGACGAAGAUCCGAAAGUGCGAGAAGAGGCUGCAACGACAUUCUCUCGAUUCUACUCGAAUGUUGGUAAUGAUGCUCUUGACGAAAUCAUUGCGCCACUUUUGGAGAAGUUAACGCCCGACCAAGAAGCUGUUCUGGAUGGUCUUUGUGCAGUGAUGAGACAAAAUAGCAGACAUAUGCUGCCGUAUCUUCUUCCAAAGCUGACUCGCCAUCCGGUGAAUGUGCAUGCGUUGUGCAGUCUGGCAGCUGUAGCUGGCGAUUCUUUGAACAGACAGUUGCCGAAGAUUCUCGAUUCUCUUCUGAACAAUUGCAAGGAAAAUAAUGAAGCAGACCCGAUGAUACUGAAUUGCGAAAAAGUGGUGGUGGCUGUGGAAGAGCCUGAGGGUGUGGCUUUAUUGCUCGAUUAUCUUGUCACCAAGUCUUCGAAAGGCAGUGUUCCAUCUUCUGUGCUAUUACGUUCAUUCAUUGAGAAGACACAGGUACCGCUCAUUGAUAAUGUGGAAAAUAUUUUGCCGGGUCUCAUUCAGCUUUACGCUUCGACAAACCCACAGAUUGUUGAGCACAUAAUUGCUGCAUUGAUUGGCCUAAUGAGAAGCGUUGACUCGAAGGACCUUUUAUCGACAAUUCCAAUUCUUCGCAAGCAAAUAAAUUCGCUUGUCUUUACGGCGAAAGGCAAACCUAUUCCUGGAUUUAUGCAUCCGAAAGCUCUUAACGCUUUAUUGCCCCCUCUUCGUGAAGGAAUUUUGAAUGGUGGUGUGGAAACGAAGGCAAUUUCCGGUGAAACAAUGGGAACACUGAUUUCCAUUUCAAGCGCUGAAGCUAUAAAGACACACGUUGUUAGUGUGACGGGUCCACUGAUUCGAGUUCUCGGUGAUCGAUAUGCUGCCGAUGUUAAAUUGCCAAUUCUUCAGACACUUUCCUUGCUUCUUGAUAAGGUGGACCAGUUCUUGAAACCUUUCCUACCGCAACUCCAAUCAACUUUCGUCAAAACUUUGCAAGACCCUUCUUCAAAGCCUGUACGCUUAGUAGCAGCAGGUGGGUUACGACGCCUCCUCAAGAUCCAUCCUAAGCCUGAGCCUCUUUUCAACGAAUUGGAAACCGCUUUUGUUUGCGCUCGAGAGUUGGUGGCUGAUUCCGUCGCGAAAGUCCCAGAAAAGGUGAUGGAGGAAGGAUUCCGUGUUUGCAGUAUGACAUUCAAUCAAGCCGUUGAGAAUCCUUCAGAACUUGACAAUAGUCUGACGAUGGUUAGUGGCGCACUUUUCGGAGAGCUUGCUGCUGCUCUCAAACAAAUGGAGAAACAUGAUGUCUUGAAAGAUAUUGAGUCAAGCUCAAAGCCAAGAGUACGUAUGGCAAAGGGAUAUGCUUUCCAACAAAUGUGUAUGACUGCAGCUGAAGAGGUGUGGAAUAACUUUGAAGAAGCUGUUCGAUCGGCUAUCCAAAGUGCCCUUACCGCCGAUCAAUUCACCGCUCAAUCGGCUCUCAAAUCAGCUGGAUAUUUAUUGAUUAGCCAAGGAACCAACCCCUCUCGAGACUUGUUGACGAUGGUAGCUCGAGCUUUAAAUCACCAACAUUUAGAUGUUAGAAGAACAGUUUCCGUGGCUCUCGGGCAUGUGUUUGCUUCUUUGGACACGCCAUUUUCAUUGGAUAUUUUGAAGUUAGUUGUGCCGGCCUUGGUUAAUGGAAGCAAAGAAAGUAACAAUGCAGUUCGAAGUGCCGCUGAAACGGCUUUGGUUCACGCUUUGAAACUGCAUAAUAGCAAGGAAACAUAUGAGGCCUACUUGGAUGGAGAGAAAGGAGCGGCCAAGGAAGCCCUUCAGGAAGUACAUGACCGAACCCUAAAGCGACUCGUCAAAAACAAUGAGAUGCGGGUGAUCCGGUGGGCUCACACCGCCACUGCGACCACAUCGAAGUUAGCGUUUGCACCGAUUAUCGGAUUAGAAGUUCAUGUUCAAUUGGCUUCGUCGAAGAAACUCUUCUCGCCAGCCCGUUUAUUGGACGAUGCCUCUCCCAAUUCGACCGUUCAUCUCUUCGACAUGGCCACACCCGGGUCCCUUCCUGUACUCAACAAGGAGUGCCUAAUGUUGGCUUUACGAAUGGCAAAAGCUCUCCAAUGUGAAAUCCCGUCAUGGAGCCGCUUCGAUCGGAAACACUAUUUUUAUGCGGACAUGCCUGCUGGAUAUCAAAUAACACAAGCCGAUCACCCGAUAGCUCGAAACGGCCAUCUCGAUGUCUACGUAUACGGAAAUGGAAUUGAGACAUAUAAAAGAGAGGUUGCUAUAGAACGACUACAAUUAGAGCAGGAUUCUGGGAAAACGGUACAUCAAGGUGCAAUUUCACUUGUCGACUUGAAUCGAGCAGGAGCUCCAUUGGUGGAAGUUGUCACCGCACCAAUCUUUCGAUCGGCCCUCGAAGCGACCUGUUUUGUGCAACAAUUACGCCUUCUCUUAAUGCAUCAUCACAUUUGUCGAGGGCGCUUACAUAAAGGCCACAUUCGAGUCGAUGCAAACGUUUCGCUUUCAAAAGAUGGAGUUCCAGGAAUUAGAACGGAAAUCAAGAAUCUCAACAGUUUCCGCUUCUUACACACGGCGAUCAACUAUGAGAUCAAUCGACAAUUUGAGAUACUUACAUCAGGUGGUACUGUGUCGAAUGAGACACGAGGAAUCGAUGCGCAGGGACGCACGGUGGCGAUGCGAGACAAAGAAGAAGAAACGGAUUAUCGAAUUAUGCCUGAACCAAAUCUUUCCAAGCUAAAAUUGAACGCUGAUUGGUUAGAGACAGCAUCGGAGAAAAUUUCCAAUGCAGGAUUGCCGGUUUAUCAACAGCGAAUUGAUAGAUUUGGUCUCGAUCCGAUGCUGGCUGUGGAAUUCUCGGAAGACCCAGCGAUGUCGACGUUUUUCGAUGAAUGUUCACGUCACCUACAGAGAAUCGAUUCGACAAAUAACGAUUUAAUAAAGUUACCGCUUUUCCUUGAAUAUCUUCGUGAUGUCAGAAAUAUUUGUCAACGAGAGGGAUUUUCCUACCCACCUGCCAAAAACGGGUUUUCGGAGCAAUUUUGUCGGACUCUUCAAUAUUUUCAAUCAUCAAGCAUCACUCGAUUGGUCUCAUUAUCACUUUUGAGACAAUGUUUGAAAAGCGAACUUCAUGAUGUGACAGAGUAUCUGCGCAAAAACAAUCUCUGGCGAAUCAGCUCAGAAGAAGAAAUUCGAAAGUUACUUGAUGAGAUCAAUGCUGUCAAUUCUUCAAUGGUUGAGAAGGCUAGAGAAAAGAAUCCGAAGGCUUUCAUGAAACUCCGAAAUUCGCUUAUCGAUCGUUCGAGGAAAUGUGUUACAGUUGAGGAUGCGGAGGCCGCGAUUCGAAAUUUUUUUGUU